UUGAAAAGUCUUUAGCUUUCGACUUAAUCUUCAAAGGUAGCCAUAACUCAUCCAACUUCGCUCUAAAUCUGAAGAUCUAUUGUGCACCUAAUUGAAAAAAAUGGCGUACGUAGACCAUGCGUUUUCGAUAUCAGACGAGGACAUAAUGAUGGAGAGUUCGUACACGGUGAAUAAUCGGCCCCCUAUCAAAGAGAUCGCUUUGGCUGUUUCUCUUCUCAUUUUCGGAACUUUCGGGAUCGUUUGUGGAAUUUUCAUGUCUUACAACAGAGUUGGCGGUGACAGAGCUCAUGGGCUUUUCUUUGCAAUUCUUGGAUCGAUCUUGUUUAUUCCGGGAUUUUAUUAUACAAGAAUUGCAUAUUAUGCUUACAAGGGAUACAAAGGAUUUUCUUUCGCCAAUAUACCCUCUGUGUAGCCUCAACCUUCACCUUCACCUACACCUGUACAGAUCUUCAUGUCAUCCAACUUGUACUAUUUCUUCUUCUUCCUCCUCUUUAUGAAAGAUAUUUUUUUUUUUUUUUUUCAAAUCAUAGUAUGUAUUUCGUUUGCUAAUGUGAUGAACAGUGGACUCUUUAUUCGGUUUUGGCUAUAUAGUGAUAACUCGUUUUCUUUAUGUAC